CAGAUCGACGGUCGGGUGGCGGCUUAGUGAGCCCCUGCUGCAGGGAACAAGCAAAGGGACAUCCAGGAGCCCAGGGCUGCCAAGGGGCGCGCACCCACCCUGCCCCGAGAACCCCCUUCCCAAGGUCGGGGACAGAGCAGGUGCAGAGACACUGCAGCCGCUUGUUACUCAGCCUCCUGAAUGAUGCCAGCCCAAGGUUCCCUAACCUCCAACCUGGCCCUCCUGGUGCUGCUGGGCACAAUCAGAGCAGGCCCUUUCUCUCCACGGUCCAAUGUGACACUCCCAGCCCCACGGCCUCCUCCCCAGCCAGGAGGCCACACAGAGCAGCCAGGAGGGGGAGGCCCUUCUUCUCAGCUUUAUGAGCACACCGUGGAAGGAGGGGAGAAGCAGGUGGUGUUCACCCACCGCAUUAACCUGCCCACUUCAGGUAGCUGUGGCUGUCCCCCAGGCACUGAGCCCCCUGUCCCUGCUUCAGAGGUGCAGGCCCUGAGGGUCCGGCUGGAGAUCCUGGAGGAGCUGGUGAAGGGGCUCAAGGAACAGUGCACUGGGGGAUGUUGUCCUGCUGCUGCCCAGGCUGGCACAGGCCAGACAGACGUGCGGAGCCUCUGCAGUCUCCGUGGCGUGUUUGACCUGAGCCGCUGUGCCUGCUCCUGCGAGCCAGGCUGGGGUGGGCCCACCUGCUCAGACCCCACAGAUGCUGUGGCGCCCCCCUCCUCUCCCCCCUCAGCUUCCCGGUCCUGCCCAGAUGACUGCAAUGAUCAGGGUCGCUGCGUCCGCGGUCGCUGCGUGUGCUUCCCUGGCUACACCGGCCCCAGCUGUAGCUGGCCCUCCUGCCCGGGGGACUGCCACGGCCGCGGGCGCUGCGUGCAGGGCGUGUGCAUGUGCCGCGCGGGCUUCUCCGGGGACGACUGCAGCCUGCGCUCCUGCCCUCGGGGCUGCAGCCAGAGGGGACGCUGCGAGAACGGGCGCUGCGUGUGCAACCCAGGCUACACUGGCGACGACUGUGGGGUGAGGAGCUGCCCCCGAGGUUGCAGCCAGAAGGGGCGCUGCGAGGACGGGCGCUGCGUCUGUGACCCUGGCUACGCUGGCGAGGACUGCGGCUCUCGGAGCUGCACGUGGGACUGUGGCGAGGGCGGGCGCUGUGUGGACGGCCGCUGCGUGUGCUGGCCCGGGUACGCGGGCGAGGACUGCAGCACGCGGACCUGUCCCCGCGACUGUCGGGGCCGAGGGCGCUGUGAGGAAGGCGAAUGCAUCUGCGACCCAGGCUACAGCGGGGACGAUUGCGGAGUGCGCAGCUGCCCGGGCGACUGCAACCAAAGGGGCCGCUGCGAGGACGGCCGCUGCGUGUGCUGGCCUGGGUACUCGGGGCCCGACUGCGGCGCCCGCGCUUGCCCGCGCGACUGUCGGGGCCGCGGGCGCUGCGAGAACGGCGUGUGCGUGUGCAACGCGGGCUACAGCGGCGAGGACUGCGGCGUGCGCAGCUGUCCCGGGGACUGUCGCGGCCGGGGCCGUUGCGAGAGCGGCCGCUGCGUGUGUUGGCCCGGGUACACAGGCCGGGACUGCGGCACGCGCGCCUGCCCUGGCGACUGUCGCGGGCGCUGCGUGGACGGCCGCUGCGUGUGUAACCCGGGCUUCACAGGCGAGGACUGCGGGAGCCGACGGUGUCCCGGGGACUGCCGCGGUCGCGGCCGCUGCGAGGAUGGCGUGUGCUUGUGCGACGUGGGCUACGAGGGCGAAGACUGCGGCGGGCGCAGCUGCCCCAGGGGUUGCCAAGGUCGCGGGCAGUGCCUGGAGGGGCGAUGCGUGUGCGACGACGGCUACGAGGGUGAGGACUGCGGCGUGAGACGGUGCCCGCGCGACUGCAGCCAGCGCGGCGUCUGCCAGGACGGCGUGUGCGCCUGUUGGGAGGGCUACACGGGCGAGGACUGCAGCCUCCGUACCUGCCCCUCCAACUGUCACCGGCGCGGCCGCUGUGAGGACGGGCGCUGCGUGUGCGACUCCGGCUACACCGGCCCCUACUGCGCCACCCGAACCUGCCCGGCGGACUGCCGGGGCCGUGGACGCUGUGUGCAGGGCGUGUGCGUGUGCCACGCGGGCUACAGCGGCGAGGACUGUGGGCAGGAAGAGCCUCCCGCCAGCGCCUGCCCCGGGGGCUGCGGGCCUCGGGAACUGUGCCGCGCAGGCCAGUGUGUAUGCGUCGAGGGCUUCCGAGGCCCCGACUGCGCCAUCCAGACGUGCCCCGGGGACUGCCGCGGUCGGGGAGAGUGUCGUGAGGGCAGCUGCGUCUGCCAAGAUGGCUAUGCAGGGGAGGACUGCGGGGAAGAGGUGCCAGCCGUUGAGGGCAUGAGGAUGCACCUCCUGGAGGAGACGAUGGUUCGGACAGAGUGGACCCGGGCUCCUGGCAAUGUGGAUGCCUACGAAAUUCAGUUCAUCCCCACGACAGAGGGGCCGAGCCCCCCAUUCACAGCACGAGUGCCCAGCUCUGCCUCAGCCUAUGACCAGAGAGGACUGGCCCCCGGUCAGGAGUACCAGGUCACUGUCCGUGCCCUUCGAGGGACUAGCUGGGGCCCUCCUGCCUCCAAGACCAUCACCACCAUGAUCGACGGCCCCCAGGACCUCCGAGUGGCGGCUGUGACACCAACCACGCUGGAGCUCAACUGGCUGCGCCCCCAGGCUGAGGUGGACCAGUUCGUGGUGUCCUACGUCAGUGCCGGCAACCAGAGGGUGCGGCUGGAAGUGCCCUCUGAGGCAGACGGGACGCUGCUGACCGGCCUGAUGCCAGGCGUAGAAUACGUGGUGACCGUCACUGCCGAGCGGGGCCGGGCAGUAAGCUACCCGGCUUCUGUCAGGGCCAACACAGCACCAGGCCACUACAGUCACCCGGAGGCGCACGCCCCAGCCCCGUCCCCCAAGCCCCGGCCCCGGCCGGUCCCGGCCCCGCGGCCCCCGCGUCCACCAGUCCCCCCUCGGCCCUCGCGGCCGGCGGAGGAGGGGGAGGCGGAGUCUCGGCCCGGGCCGAGCCUACCCCAGCCCCCUCGGCGGGCGUGGGGCAACCUGACGGCCGAGCUGGGCCGCUUCCGCGGCACCGCGCAGGACCUGGAGCACCACCUGCGGGCUCACGGCUACCCACUGCGGGCCAACCAGACCUACACGUCGGUGGCGCGCCACAUCCACGAAUACUUGCAGCGGCGUCGCCUGGCGGCGGCCGUCCCCACCAGCUCCCCCGCACCCCCGGCCCGUCGCCCCCACCCCACCUCCAGCCCCGACUCGGGCACCUGGAAGCGGGAUUCCAACAAGGGCACCUACGGCCUCUCGCCCGAAGGCGUCGACCGGGAGGCUGCGCCCCGCCACCCCAAGCCCGAGGUGCUGGGCAGUUCCGCCGACGGCGCACUUCUCGUGUCCCUCGACGGGCUCCGCGGCCACUUCGAGCGCGUGGUGCUGCGCUGGCGGCCCCAGCCGCCCGCAGAGGGCCCCGGCGGGGAGCUGACCGUGCCGGGCACCACGCGCACCGUCAGCCUGCCAGAUCUCAAGCCCGGCACCACCUACCACGUGGAGGUCCACGGGGUGCGGGCAGGGCAGACCUCCAAGUCCUACGCCUUCAUCACCACCACAGGGUCCUCCCCCUCAGACCUCCUGGGGGCCACUGAUGAGCCUCCUCCCUCAGGCCCUUCAACGACUCAAGGGGCUCAGGCCCCUGUCCUGCAGCAGCGACCCCAGGAGCUGGCAGAGUUGAGGGUGCUGGGCAGAGACAAGACAGGGCACCUCCGCGUGGCCUGGACCGCCCAGCCUGACACCUUUGCCCACUUCCAGCUGCGCCUACGGGUGCCCGAAGGGCCUGGGGCACAUGAGGAACUACUGCCAGGGGAUGCCCGUCAGGCUCUGGUGCCCUCACCCCCUCCUGGAUCCCCCUAUGAGCUGUCACUUCGUGGGGUCCCCCCCGGGGGCGAGCCCUCUGCCCCUCUCAUCUACCAAGGCAUUAUGGACAGGGAUGGGGAGAAGCCUGGGCAGCCCUCGGCCCCGCCACGCCUGGGCAAGCUGACAGUGACGGACAUGACUUCCAACUCCCUGCUUCUGCACUGGACGGUCCCUGAGGGCGAGUUUGACUCCUUCGUGAUCCAAUACAAAGACAGGGACAGGCCCCAGGUGGUGCCUGUAGAGGGACCCCAGCGCUCAGCCCUCAUCUCCAACCUGGACGUUGGCUGCAAGUACAAAUUCGUCCUGUACGGGCUCGCGGGCAAGAAGAGGCAUGGCCCCCUGGUGGCUGAAGCCAAGAUCUUGCCUCUGACUGAUUCCAGCUCGGUGACUCCACCCCGCCUGGGAAAGCUGUGGGUGACAGAUCCCACCCCAGAUUCGCUGCACCUCUCCUGGACUGUCCCUGAGGGCCAGUUUGACUCCUUCGUGGUCCAAUACAGGGACAGGGAUGGACGGCCCCAGGUGGUGCCCGUGGAAGCUCCCGAGCGCUCGGUCAUUGUCUCCCCGCUGGACCCUGACCACAAGUACAGAUUCACUCUGUUUGGGAUUGCCAACAAGAAGCGGCAUGGCCCCCUCACGGCCGAUGGCACCACUGCCCCAGAGAAGAGAGAGGAGCCCCGCCACCCAGAGUCCCCUGAGCAGCCCCUGCUGGGUGAGCUGACAGUGACCGGCACCACCCCAGACUCCCUGCGCCUGUCCUGGACGGUGGCCCAGGGCUCUUUUGACUCCUUCACGGUCCAGUACAAGGAUGCGCAGGGGCGGGCCCAGGCAGUGCCCAUCAGGGGGCAUGAGAAUGAGGUCACCAUCCCCGGCCUGGAGUCCGACCGGAAGUAUAAGAUGAACCUCUACGGGCUUCAUGGCAGGCAGCGCGUGGGGCCUGUGUCCGUGGUGGCCACCACAGCCCCGCAGGAAGGCGUGGACGAGACCCCCAGCCCCACAGAGGUGGAGGAGAACCCCAGCCCCACAGAGCCCAGCACAGAGGCACCAGAGCCCCCCGAGGAGCCCCUCCUGGGGGAGCUGACGGUGACAGGAUCCUCCCCGGACUCGCUGAGCCUCUCCUGGACCGUCCCCCAGGGCCACUUCGACUCUUUCACCAUCCAGUACAGAGACAGGGACGGGCAGCCCAAGGUGAUGCGGGUGCCAGGGCACCAGGACGGGGUCACCAUCUCGGGCCUGGAGCCAGACCACAAGUACAAGAUGAACCUGUACGGCUUCCACAGCGGCCACCGCGUGGGCCCCGUCUCUGUCAUCGGGGUGACAACUGCAGAGGAAGACACCCCCAGCCCCGCAGAGAUGGAGGAGACCCCCAGCCCCACAGAACCCAGCACAGAGGCCUCGGAGGCCCCCGAGGAGCCCCUCCUGGGGGAGCUGACGGUGGCAGGAUCCUCGCCGGACUCGCUGAGCCUCUCCUGGACCGUCCCCCAGGGCCGCUUCGACUCCUUCACCGUCCAGUACAAGGGCAGGGACGGGCCCCAGGUGGUGCGUGUCGGGGGCGAGGAGAGUGAGGUGACCGCUGGGGGCCUGGAGCCCGGGCGCAAGUACAAGAUGCACCUGUACGGCCUGCACGGGGGGCGGCGUGUGGGCCCCGUGUCCACCGUGGGCGUGACCGCUCCACAACCAGAAGAGACUCCUCCAGCCACCGAGCCCCCCACGGAGCCACGCCUCGGGGAGCUGACAGUGACAGAUGUGACCCCCAACUCCGUGGGCCUUGCAUGGACAGUCCCUGAGGGCCAGUUUGACUCCUUCGUGGUCCAGUACAAGGACAGGGACGGGCAGCCCCAGGCGGUGCCUGUGGCCGCAGACCAGCGAGAGGCCACUGUCCCUGGCCUGGAGCCUGCACGCAAAUACAAGAUGAACUUCUACGGGCUACAUGGUGGGCAGCGCGUGGGCCCCCUCUCUGUGGUAGCCAUGACCGCUCCCCUCUCUCCAGCCCCAGGCAAAGAGCCCCGCCUUGAGCCACGUCUGGGGGAGCUGACAGUGACGGACGUGACCCCGGACUCCGUGGGCCUCUCCUGGACAGUCCCCGAGGGUGAAUUCGACUCCUUCGUGGUCCAGUACAAGGACAGGGACAGGCAGCCCCAGGCGGUGCCUGUGGCUGCAGACCAGCGUGAGGUCACCAUCCCCGGCCUGGAGCCCAAUAGGAAAUACAAGUUCCUGCUCUUUGGGAUCCAGGACGGGAAACGCCACAGCCCCGUCUCUGUGGAGGCAAAGACAGUUGCUCGAGGUGACACCAGCCCAGGAGCCCCACCCCGCCUCGGGGAGCUGUGGGUGACAGACCCCUCCUCAGAUUCACUGCGCCUCUCCUGGACAGUCCCCGAGGGCCACUUUGACUCCUUUGUGGUCCAGUUCAAGGACAGGGACGGGCCCCGGGUGGUGCCUGCAGAGGGCCACGAGCGCUCAGUCACCAUCGGCCCUCUGGACGCCAGCCGCAAGUACAGAUUCCUCCUCUACGGCCUCCUGGGCAAGAGGCGCCAUGGCCCCCUCACCGCCGAGGGCACCACAGAGACCCGGAGAGCUGUGGACGAGGCUGGAACAAAACCACGUCUGGGGGAGGAGCUGCAGGUGACCAGCGUGACAUCAGACUCCGUGGGCCUCUCGUGGACGGUCCCCGAGGGCCAGUUUGACUCCUUUGUGGUCCAGUACAAGGACAGAGAUGGGCAACCCCAGGUGGUGCCCGUGGAGGGCAGCCUCAAGGAGGUCAGUGUCCCAGGCCUGGACCCUGCCCGCAGGUACAAGCUGCUGCUCUACGGGCUAUACGAGGGCAAGCGUGUGGGUCCCAUCUCCACCAUCGCCAUGACCGCCCCCACGGAAAAAAUCGAAGCCGAGACUGAGGCCCCCAGCCCUCCAGCAUCUGAGCCCCGUCUGGGGGAGGUGACUGUGGAGGAGGGCACCCCACACACCCUGCAUCUCUCCUGGACCGUGAUUGAGGGAGAAUUCGACUCCUUCGAGGUCCAGUACACAGACGAGGAUGGGCAACUCCAAGUAGUCCAUUUAGGGGGCAACCAGAAUGACAUCACCCUCUCUGGCCUGGAAUCCGACCACAGAUACCUGGUGAGCCUGUACGGUCUCCACGAUGGGCAGCGUGUGGGUCCUGCGCACGUCGAGGCCCUGACAGCCCAAAAUGAGGAAGAGAAUGAACCUUCAGAAUCUCCCUCUACCAACCCUGAGCCUCACGUCACGCCUCGCCUGGGGGAGCUGACAGUGACAGAUGCCACCCCCGAAUCCCUGAGCCUCUCCUGGACCAUCCCCGAGGGCCCGUUUGACCACUUCCUGAUCCAGUACAAGAAUGGGGACGGACAGCCCAAGGCAGUGAGGGUGCCGGGAUACGAGGACGGGGUCACCAUCUCAGGCCUGGAGCCAGACCACAAGUACAAGAUGAACCUGUACGGCUUCCAUGACAGCCAGCGCGUGGGCCCCGUCUCUGUCAUCGGGGUGACAACUGCAGAGGAAGACACCCCCAGCCCCGCAGAGAUGGAGGAGACCCCCAGCCCCACAGAACCCAGCACAGAGGCCUCGGAGGCCCCCGAGGAGCCCCUCCUGGGGGAGCUGACAGUGACAGGAUCCUCGCCGGACUCGCUGAGCCUCUCCUGGACCGUCCCCCAGGGCCGCUUCGACUCCUUCACCAUCCAGUACAAGGGCAGGGACGGGCCCCAGGUGGUGCGUGUCGGGGGCGAGGAGAGUGAGGUGACCGUUGGGAGCCUGGAGCCCGGGCGCAAGUACAAGAUGCACCUGUACGGCCUGCACGGGGGGCGGCGUGUGGGCCCCGUGUCCACCGUGGGCGUGACCGCCCCUAAAGAGGAGCCCCCUGCCAGCCCCCCUUUGAAGCCACAGCUGGGAGAGCUGACUGUGACGGACGCCACCCCCGACUCCCUGAGCCUCUUCUGGAAUGUCCCCGAGGGCCAGUUUGACCACUUUCUGGUCCAGUACAAGAAUGGGGACGGGCAGCCCAAGGCAGUGAGGGUGCCGGGGCACCAGGACGGGGUCACCGUCUCGGGCCUGGAGCCAGACCACAAGUACAAGAUGAACCUGUACGGCUUCCACAGCGGCCAGCGCGUGGGCCCUGUCUCCACUGUCGGUUUAACUGCCUCAGAAAAAGACCAAGAAAUGACCCCAGCCCCAACAGACCUGCCCACCACAGCCCCCGAGCCUCCCGUCAAGCCUCGCCUGGGGGAGCUGGCAGUGACAGACGCCACCCCCGAAUCCCUGAGCCUCUCCUGGACCAUCCCCGAGGGCCAGUUUGACCACUUCCUGAUCCAGUACAAGAACGGGGACGGGCAGCCCAAGGCAGUGAGGGUGCCGGGGUACGAGGACGGGGUCACCAUCUCGGGCCUGGAGCCAGACCACAAGUACAAGAUGAACCUGUACGGCUUCCAUGACAGCCAGCGCGUGGGCCCCGUCUCUGUCAUCGGGGUGACAACUGCAGAGGAAGACACCCCCAGCCCCGCAGAGAUGGAGGAGACCCCCAGCCCCACAGAACCCAGCACAGAGGCCUCGGAGGCCCCCGAGGAGCCCCUCCUGGGGGAGCUGACGGUGGCAGGAUCCUCGCCGGACUCGCUGAGCCUCUCCUGGACCGUCCCCCAGGGCCGCUUCGACUCCUUCACCGUCCAGUACAAGGGCAGGGACGGGCCCCAGGUGGUGCGUGUCGGGGGCGAGGAGAGUGAGGUGACCGCUGGGGGCCUGGAGCCCGGGCGCAAGUACAAGAUGCACCUGUACGGCCUGCACGGGGGGCGGCGUGUGGGCCCCGUGUCCACCGUGGGCGUGACCGCCCUCCAGGAGGUUGUGGAGGAGACCCCCAGCCCCACAGAACCCAGCACAGAGGCCCCGGAGCCCCCCAAAGAGCCUCUCCUGGGGGAACUGACGGUGACAGGAUCCUCCCCAGACUCGCUGAGCCUCUCCUGGACUGUCCCCCAGGGCCACUUCAACUCCUUCACCGUCCAGUACAAGGAUAAGGAUGGGCGGCCCCAGGUGGUGCGUGUCGGGGGCGAAGAGAGUGAGGUGACCAUUGGGGGCCUGGAGCCCGGGCGCAAGUACAAGAUGCACCUGUAUGGCCUGCACGGGGGGCAGCGUGUGGGCCCCACGUCCACCGUGGGCGUGACUGAUCCAGACUACAAAGCCAUGACCACCCAAGCCCCGUCCACUGCGGCCCCCGAGACUCCUGUCAAGCCGCACCUGGGGGAGCUGGCAGUGACAGACGCCACCCCCGAAUCCCUGAGCUUCUCCUGGACCAUCCCCGAGGGCCAGUUUGACCACUUCCUGAUCCAGUACAAGAACGGGGACGGACAGCCCAAGGCAGUGAGGGUGCCGGGGUACGAGGACGGGGUCACCAUCUCAGGCCUGGAGCCAGACCACAAGUACAAGAUGAACCUGUACGGCUUCCAUGACAGCCAGCGCGUGGGCCCCGUCUCUGUCAUCGGGGUGACAACUGCAGAGGAAGACACCCCCAGCCCCGCAGAGAUGGAGGAGACCCCCAGCCCCACAGAACCCAGCACAGAGGCCUCGGAGGCCCCCGAGGAGCCCCUCCUGGGGGAGCUGACGGUGGCAGGAUCCUCGCCGGACUCGCUGAGCCUCUCCUGGACCGUCCCCCAGGGCCGCUUCGACUCCUUCACCGUCCAGUACAAGGGCAGGGACGGGCCCCAGGUGGUGCGUGUCGGGGGCGAGGAGAGUGAGGUGACCGCUGGGGGCCUGGAGCCCGGGCGCAAGUACAAGAUGCACCUGUACGGCCUGCACGGGGGGCGGCGUGUGGGCCCCGUGUCCACCGUGGGCGUGACCGCCUCCCUGAAUACGGAGCCCCCCGUGGCACCCCGCCUGGGGGAGCUGGCUGUGGCAGCCGUGACCUCAGACACAGUGCACCUCUCCUGGACAGUGGACCAGGGCCCCUUCGACUCCUUCCUGGUCCAAUACAAGGAUGUGCAGGGGCAGCCCCAGGCAGUGCCCGUGGGUGGACACCUCCGAGAGGUCUCGGUUUCGGGUCUGGCCCCGGGCCACAAGUACAAGUUCCUACUCUUCGGACUCCAGGAUGAGAAACAACACGGUCCAGUCUCUGCAGACGCAAAGACCCUCCCAGACACUAAACCUUCUCUCCGCCUGGGGGAGCUGACAGUGACGGACGUGACCCCAGACUCCGUGGGCCUCUCCUGGACGGUCCCCGAGGGCGAAUUUGACUCCUUCGUGGUUCAGUACAAGGACAGGGACGGGCAGCCCCACGUGGUGCCUGUGGCCUCAGACCAGCGUGAGAUCACCAUCCACGGCCUGGAGCCCAAUAGCAAAUACAAGUUUCUGCUCUAUGGGCUGGCAGGCAGGAAACGACUGGGCCCCAUCUCUGCUGAAGGCAGCACGGCUCCCCUGAAGAAGGAGCGGCAGCGCUCACCCCGCCUGGGGGAGCUGACAGUGACAGAUGAGACCUCGGAUUCCCUGCGCCUCUUGUGGACAGUGGCCCAGGGCCCCUUUGACUCCUUUGUGGUCCAGUACAGGGACACAGAUGGGCAGCCCUCGGUGGUGCCUGUGGCCGCAGACCAGAGGGAGGUCACCAUAGAGGGCCUGGAGCCUGGCAGGAAAUACAAGUUUCUGCUCUACGGGCUCCUCAGAGGACAGCACCUGGGCCCCGUCUCUGUCCUGGGAAUGACAGCCCCAGAAGAGGACAUGCCAGCACCCUGGCACCUGGCCACGGAGGCCCCCGAGCCCCCCGAAGCGCCCCGCCUAGGGGCACUGGCAGUGAAGGACGUGUCCCCGGACUCCCUGCGCCUCUCGUGGAGCGUGGCCCAGGGCCCCUUUGACUCCUUCGUGGUCCAGUAUCAGAGCACAGGUGGGGAGCCCCAGGCCUUGCUCGUGGGUGGCAACCAGAACAAGGUCCUCGUGUCAGCCCUGGAGCCCAGCACCUCCUACAAGUUCUUCCUCUACGGCUUGCGUGAAGGGAGGCGCCUGGGGCCCGUCUCAGCCGAGGGCACCACAGGGCCAGCUCCUGCUGGUCAGACACCCGGAGAGCCAGGGCCCCGCCUAUCCCACCUGUCGGUGACUGAUGUGACCACCAAUUCGCUGCGGCUCAACUGGGAGGCCCCACCCAAGGCCUUUGACUCCUUCCUGCUCCGCUUUGGGGUCCCAUCACCGAGCGCUCUGGAGCUGCAUCCGCGUUCCCCGCUGCAGCGGGAGCUGACGGUGCCGGGGACACGGCGCUCUGCCGUGCUCUGGGACCUGAGUCCAGGGACCCUGUACACCCUUACGUUGUAUGGGCUGCGCGGGCCUCACAAGGCCGACGGCGUCCAGGGCACAGCCCGGACCCUCAGCCCCGCUCUGGAGCGCCCCCGUGACCUCCAGUUCAGCGAGAUCGGGGAGACAUCAGCCAAGGUCAGCUGGAUGCCCCCGCCGUCCAGAGUGGACAGCUUCAAAGUUUCCUACCAACUGGCAGAUGGAGGGGAGCCACAGAGCGUUCAGGUGGAUGGCCGAGCCCGGACCCAGAAACUCGAGGGGCUCGUCCCAGGCGCUCACUACGACGUGACCGUGGUCUCCGUCCGUGGCUUUGAGGAGAGUGAGCCUCUCACAGGCUUCCUUACCACAGUUCCUGACGGCCCCACCCAGCUGCGUGCACUGAACUUGACGGAAGGAUCCGCCCUGCUGCUUUGGCAGCCCCCCCAGGCCCCGGUGGAUACCUAUGACAUCAAGGUCACAGCCCCAGGAGCCCCCUCGCUACAGGGCUCAGCCCCUGGCAGCACCAUGGAGUACCCCCUGCAAGGCCUUGUGCUCCACACCAACUACACGGCGACCCUGCAUGGCCUUCGGGGCCCCAACCUCACCUCCCCAGCCAGCAUCACCUUCACCACAGGGUUGGAGGCCCCUCAGGACUUGGAGGCCAAGGAGGUGACCCCCCGCACAGCCCUGCUCACUUGGACUGCGCCCCAAGUCCCCCCAACUGGCUACCUGCUCAGCUUCAACACCCCCGAUGGACAGACCCAGGAGAUCCUGCUCCCAGGAGGGGUCACCUCUCACCAGCUUCACGGCCUCUUUCCCUCCACCCCCUAUAGCGCGUGGCUCCGGGCCAUGUGGGACCACAGCUUCACUCCACCCGUGUCCACUUCCUUCACCACUGGUGGACUUCGGAUCCCCUUCCCCCGGGACUGUGGGGAGGAGAUGCAGAACGGGGUCAGCACCUCAAGGACCACCACCGUCUUCCUCAACGGCAACCGCGAGCGGCCCCUGAACGUCUUUUGUGACAUGGAGACCGAUGGGGGUGGCUGGCUGGUGUUCCAGCGCCGCAUGGAUGGAAAAACUGACUUCUGGAGGGACUGGGAGGACUAUGCCCACGGUUUUGGGAACAUCUCCGAGGAGUUCUGGCUGGGCAACGAGGCCCUGCACGGCCUGACCAAAGCCGGCGACUACUCCUUGCGCGUGGACCUGCGGGAUGGGGACGAGGCCGUGUUUGCCCAGUACGACUCCUUCCAAGUAGACUCGGCCGAUGAGUUCUACCGCCUCCACCUGGAAGGCUACCAUGGCACUGCAGGGGACUCCAUGAGCUACCACAGCGGCAGUGUCUUCUCUGCCCGUGACCGAGACCCCAACAACUUGCUCAUCUCCUGUGCCGUCUCUUACCGAGGGGCCUGGUGGUAUAGGAACUGCCACUAUGCCAACCUCAACGGGCUCUACGGGAGCACAGUGGACCACCAGGGAGUGAGCUGGUACUACUGGAAGGGCUUUGACUUCUCCGUGCCCUUCACGGAAAUGAAGCUGAGACCAAGAAGCUACCGGCCCCCGGGCAGGGGAGGCUGAGCCGCUGCUCACCCCUCCAGCGCCCUACUAAUGACUGCCGAGCACUGAGGGGUUGCGCUCAGAGAAGAGCCAGGGGCCACCUUCACCAUCCAGCCACCGGAGGAAGCCUUCUCCACCCGCGAUCUCACAGCACCAUGUUUACAGGGGGGAGGGAAGGGGUUUGUACGGGAGCAAUAAAAGGAGAAACCGAG